GGUGUUGAAAUUUGGAUUUUCAAUGAAUGAACAAAAAAUUACCGAUGGUGUUUAGCUUUAUUUUUCUAAAAUACACUGAUAGGAAUGGAAAUUUUUGCUGACAUAGGUUUAUGAAGUAAUACAAAUAUGGCAGGGAAUUUCUGGCAAAGCUCUCAGUAUCAGCAGUGGUUAUUUGAUAAACAGGAUUUGAUGAGAGAAAGACAGCCAGAUUUAAAAAUUCUAAACUCUGAAGAGGAUUACCACAAAAUUCUAAUAUUUUUUGCAAACUUUAUACAGUCCCUAGGGGAACAAUUAAAACUACGACAACAAGUCAUAGCCACUGCCACAGUUUACUUCAAGAGAUUCUAUGCAAGGAAUUCUCUGAAAUGCAUAGAUCCAUGGUUAAUGGCACCCACUUGCGUCUUCCUCGCUUCAAAAGUAGAGGAAUUUGGAGUCAUUUCAAACAGUCGAUUAAUGACAACUUGCCAAACAGUUGUGAAGAACAAGUUUUCUCAUGCAUAUCCUCAGGAAUACCCUUACAGAAUCAAUAGUGUUUUGGAGUGUGAAUUCUUUUUACUGGAAAUGAUGGACUGCUGCCUUGUUCUCUAUCAUCCAUACAGGCCUCUGACAGAAUACUUCAAAGAGCUGGCUCAUGAGGACUCACUGUAUCCUCUUGCUUGGAGGAUAAUAAACGACAGCUUGAGAACAGAUGUUUGUCUCCUGUAUCCACCCUAUCUCAUCGCUUUAGCCUGUCUCCAUAUUGCCAGUGUAAUACAGCAGAAGGAUCUGAAACAAUGGCUGGCCGAGUGCAGUGUAGAUAUGGACAAGAUCUUGGAAAUAUCCAGACAGAUUUUAGCAUUGUAUGAAUUGUGGAAAAAUUAUGAUGAAAAGAAAGAAAUAUCAGGGAUUCUAGAGAAAAUGCCUAAACCCAAAACAACUCCGUCAUCGCCACCAGAUGUCGCUGCUCAGCAACAGGGCAAUCAGCCAAAUGUUGUAUAAUGAGGAAACACAUAAUGGGGAAGUUCACAGAUUUCUGCUCAAGUUUUCAGAAGACGGAGCAGAAUUAAAAAGAAUUUAAACUGUUGCCAAGCAACACCAUCCAAAUUUUUAUUUUUUAAUUGAUUUACUUUAUUUUAAGUAAUUGGAAAUUAAUGAAUUCAAAAUGAAGUAAACAAAAGUCAAAGGACUAAUACAUUUCAUUAAAGUAGAGUUUCAAACUUGACGUGUGUUUAAAUUAUGUACACAUUUUCAUGUAAUAAUAAAGCCGAAUGUAAUAUGU